AAAAUGACGCUCUUCUCUGCGAGCGAUAAACGCGUCACACUGACUCAAUGCAACAUGAAGGACCGCACACAAGAGCUCAGACAUGGAAAAGACCCAGAAGAGGUGGACGAGGUGGCCGUCGGUAUUGAAAAGGGUUUCAUGGACGAGUUCUUUGAGCAGGUAGAGGAGAUUCAAGGGUUCAUUGACUCUCUGGCAGAGAAAGUAGAAGAAGUGAAAAUAAACCACAGCGCCAUCCUGGCCUCUCCAAACCCAGACGAGAAAACAAAAGCAGAUCUGGAGGAGUUGAUGACAGAUAUCAAGAAGUUGGCUAAUAAAUUACGUUCCAAGUUAAAGAAUAUCCAGCAGACCAUAGAGCAGGAGGAGGCACUAAACCAUUCAAAAAAUCCAUCAGCUGAUCUGAGGAUACGGAAAACACAGCACUCCACCCUGUCACGUAAAUUUGUGGAGGUGAUGACGGAAUAUAAUGCAACGCAGUCAGAUUACAGGGAACGCUGUAAAGGACGGAUACAGAGACAGCUGGAGAUCACGGGAAGAAAUACAACAAAUGAGGAGUUGGAGAGCAUGUUAGAAAGUAACAACCCCUCCAUCUUCACUUCAGGGAUCAUCAUGGACUGCAACAUCAGUGAACAGGCCAUGAAUGAGAUUGAGACGCAGCACAAUGAAAUCAUCAAACUGGAGAACAGCAUCCGUGAGCUGCAUGAUAUGUUCAUGGAUAUGGCCAUGCUGGUGGAGAGCCAGGGAGAUAUGAUAGACCGUAUAGAGUAUAAUGUGGAUCAUUCAGUGGAUUACAUUAAGGAUGCAUUGUUAAACACCAAGAAGGCUGUAAAGUACCAGAGUAAAGCGCAAAGGAAGAAAAUCAUGAUUAUUAUCUGUUGUGUGCUGCUUGGAAUUGUUGUUGCCUCUAUCAUUGGUGGUGUGUUGUCCUGAAUGACACACAUACAGCGUGAUGUGUUUAGAGCGGAUAAUAAAGAGAAUGAAUGUUUGUUUCUAUGUGAGGCUGGACUGAACUACAUGGCUUGCACUAGAUGUCAACUAAUGUCGACUCAUCAAACCUGAGCAAAAGUCAUGUAGUGUAUUCUAGCCUUUAUUCUGGCUAUCGUAGGUCAUUGUAUUUUUUCAAGAAUUAAAACACAGGUCGCCUCUGAACAAAACAAAAUGUAUCAUCUGUCAGUGUGAUACUUUGAGGCUCUUUGAAGCAAACAAAUUCUCUCAAUCUAUAGUGAUAAACAGAAAGCAGUGUGUGCCGUUAUCAUUAAUGAGCCACUAGUCUUCUUUAAAUUGCAAAUAAAGAUCUGUGUAUAUUUUAUUCUGUUGUUGCAAGUAAAGUUCCAGUUUAUUCACACCUCAGAUUGUUUCCAGAUGUUUGUGUGCUUCAUAUACACGUGAAUGUCUAAAGAAAACAUGCAUUACUCGAUUUUAAAGUCCUCUAAUUCAUUAUAAGUAAAGUGCUGUAUAGACAUGGUUUCAGAGGACGUCCUCUCCAUCUGCCCUGCGAG